CUACAACAAUGAGGGCGACGAUGAGGAGAUGCGGUGGAGGCUGGUGCAGACAGGGCGAGAGAGCGAGAGGAGCGGUACUCUGUCAGCGUCUCAGCACGAUGAUUGUAACGACAAGUGGAUGGAUGGCUCGCCCAUCGCUCCCUCCUACUCCCCUGCCAGCUCAGCUCUGAGUCUACCUCCCUCGCUGCGUCUUGGAGCAAACAUGUCCUCUCCUCACUACUCCGCCAGCCCUGUCAGCCUGGGGCUCAAGAAGUUGGGCCUUGGCCUGUGCCUUUCGAGUCCGCGGGGGAAGCUGAAGCGCCUGAACACAACCGUGAUCUCGCCCCGAGGAGGACGAUGUAUCCAGUACAAGAAGGAGUUGCUGUCGAUGGAAAACUCAGAGACAAGUGACUUGUCAAGUUCUGAGUCCUUCAAUUCGAUGACUCCUCGCUCUAUCGUCACCGAAGGUCUUGUCAACGAGAAGUUCGAGCUCCUCAACAAGUCAGCAGCUCCUGAGGAGGUUGAGGAUCCUUCCCCAGUACAUGCCGAAGAAGACGAAUCUACGGGCCAGAACGACAACCCGCAGUGGCUACAUGGCACCCUCCAGGAGACCGCGCUGUCCUCCAUCGCUGACUGCGACUCCUCAGGAGGAAGCCAGCCCUCGAACCUCGAACGAGACUUGUCGGGCACGAGCAGGAAAAGUCCUGGGUUGCAGGGGAGCGACGGGAAGGCAAAGGAGGAGGAGGGAGAGGACAAGGGACUGAAGUUCGAGGUCUCAUGCAGCUUGCUGUCUGAGGUGGAAGAGAGUGCAUGCGGGAGACGAGAGGACGGAAUGUCGCCAGAGGAGGUGCAGCUUUCAAGGAAGGGCGACGAGGCAGCUCGAGCAAAUGAGACAGGGGUUGAAGGGGUCCUGCAGCAGGAGCUGCUGAAGAAGGGAAGGCAAGAAGGAGACAGUGGGGUGAGGGAAGAAGUGAGUGAGAUGAAGGAGGAGCAGAGCGUGAAGGAGAGAGAUCGGGCGAAGGAUGCUCCCUGCAUUCAUUUGGGUCAUGGAGUGAAGACGAGAGGACGGGGUUGUCUGCGGCAGUUUACCCUGCUAGCAGCAGGAGCUCUUGGAGGAGGGCUCGCCGUGGCGAUCUCCCUGCACUCCAUGCAGCAAGGGGACGCAAACAUGAUGCCGUUGCUAGUGUGACAAGUAGGACAGCGUGAAUUACGAACUUUGGUUCUGUUAUGUUGAGUUUGAGUGAAGUACGAACACGGAC